AUGGCCGACUUCACUGAAUAUGGUAGGCCCAGCGCCGAAUGGAUCGCCCUCGAGUCGACGCUGCCUGAGGCCCCCAAGAACCUCUCGGUGGAACAAAUGAAGGCAUUGGUAAACAAGGGUCGCGAGGCAACUGCCGCUCAAGAUAUGGUCGAUGGCCUCGCUGCCGAAGUUCAACUGCACGACUACACAAUCCCAGCCCGUGACGGCACACCCCUCGAAGCACGCAGCUACCGCCCCGUCGGCGUCCCAAUCUCCGAGCGCCUGCCAGUUUACGUCCACUUUCACGGUGGAGGUUUUCUUUUCGGAACUCUUUCUUCUGAGGACGGCAUUUGCUCGCGGAUCGUCACCUCACGUGUCCAGAAGGGUACCCCGGUCGUGGUCUUGAAUAUCAACUACCGACACACCCCCGAAUAUCCUUAUCCCACUGCUUGGAACGACUCUGAAGAUUCGUUCGUCUGGCUACACGAGCACAUUGCUGAAAUCGGUGGUAUCAGCGAGCAGGUUAUCGUGGGCGGUAUUUCAGCUGGCGCAUGGUUGACUGCAUCUUUGGCGCUGGCUCAGCUGCGCGGCGAGGAUAAGCGCUUAGCGGCCUGUCCAAAGAUUGCAGGACAGAUCCUCAUGAUUCCUUGUCUUGUACAAUGGGAUCACUAUGCGCCGAGAUUGGAGCAGCUCAAGAGUCCAGAUUUGUCGAGUUAUGUGCAAUGUGCCGACGCGCCUGUCUUGCCGGUGGCUCGAAUGAAAUUGUUCGACGGGCUUCUUGAGCUUAGCAAUGCCAAGGAUUCUGCUGGAGCUCGUCGGAUGAACCCUGGAAACGCUACGGCGGAAGAGGUUAAGGACUUGCCUCCUACGACGUUUGGAAUCGCGGGAAAUGACCCAUUGAGAGAUGAGGGUUUGUUCUAUGGGCAGCAUCUCGCUGCAAACGGCAUUCCCACCAAUGUUAAUGUUUUCCCCGGUGUCCCUCAUGGAUUCAGGAGAUACAAGCAGCUGCCGGACAGUAAGAGGUGGGACGAGGUUAUGAGUGAUGGCAUUGCCUGGGCUCUGACAAAGCCUGCGCCUGGUCCAUUUGAGAUCAAAUCCAAAUAA